ACGCAGCACAUGAAACACAGAGUUUUAUUAUUUCCCAACGAAAAAAAGAGCGAGGCUACUGGGCUUGCGGGCGAUACUUGGAAGCUAAAGCUAAGCUAACGCCACUUAACGGAAAGCUGCAUGGACAAAACUCAUGUGACGACUUCCAGAAGUUUCACUACAGGUUCUUCUUACCUAUGUUCGUGAGCUUUAAUGAUAUGUUUGUUUCGGCUUCUUAAUUUGAAAAAGUUAAAUACGUUUAAGAGAAAUCUUGCUACAAUGACGUCAACAUGGCUACACUGUACAGCCAUAGGUGUCCAUCUAAUACAUAAAUAAAGCCAUUAAACUUGACGGUUGGAUCUAAUAUUGAAUGAGCAACUAACUGGAUUUUGAAGGACAGGGAGACAACCUUAACUGAAUAAAUGCUCAUCGAAAAAUGUAUUUUUAUAUUCAUCAAGUUACUAAUUUCACCAACCCAAAAAAUACAAAUAGAAAAACACAUGUGUGCAAUUGCCUUGCUGGCAUUGACUAAUAGAUUUCACAAGCAGUUUGUCUUCUUCCUAUCAUGGCUUUCAGCUCUCUGGCCGAUGCUUUAGACCAAAACUUCCAGGCCAAGUCUUCCUUGCUGUGUUGUUCCAACUAGCUCUUGAAGUUUUACGCUCGAGUUCCAGCACCAGCCAGGCUUCUCCAGCCUGCCCUGUACCCAGUUGUAAUGCUCUUCAACAGUAACUAUAGGGUGUUCCUCCCAAACAAGCCAUGACAACAGACCCUUCCCUCCUAAACUCUGAGCUGGAGCUACAGCAACAAGAGGAGCUGUAUCAACAGCUGCUGUUACAGACUGUGGGGAAUAUCCAGAAAGAAAAUCCAGACUCCAAAGUCAUCCGCCCAAAUCCUGGCUUGUGUGUAAAGACUGUCUCCGAGCCGGAUAAGCAGAAGGUCUUCGUCAACAUCUGCCAGUCAAACUCGAUUCCGUCUCCUCCUGAAAUCUCAAAAGAGGAGCUUGUGGAGCUGCUCCAGUCAGAGGAUCCUAGUGGCUACAGAGUUCCCAUGAGCCUUGGCGAGCCCCACACAGAAGUAGACAACAGCUCCCAGGGUUGUACAGCUUAUGACGUUGUCAUCAACCAGGAGUUCUUUCAGAGGUGCCAGGAGGAUCCGUUAUUCCAACAAUUUGUAAUUCUGGUGUCUAUUGAGGGUCUUGAGAACAAAUACAACUUGGAGCUGAGCAGAGACUGGAAGGUCCUGAAGAACAGAAAGUUUUUGGGAUCUGUUAGUGAGCAGAACAUCCGGACGAAGACCAAGCCAGUGAUUCAAGAGCUGCAGCCUCAAGGGAGCUCCAGUGACGUGGCCAAAAGACCAGAGUUCACUUUGCUUGUGGAGCCACCUGCUGGUCACCCUGAGUACCUCAUUGCCGAAAUAAAGCUUCCUGGAGUGCCAUCUUCUCACUCUCUGGUCCUGGAUGUCGGAGAGGACCGACUGGUGUUGACAGCUCGUCCCUCGCUCUUCCAUCUCGACAUCUUUCACCCCUUCCUGAUCCACCAGGAGAACAGUGUUGCACAGUACAACAAGAGCACAGAGAUUCUUACAGUCACAAUGCCGGUGGUGUGUUCAUGAAGUUGAAGAGGUCACGUCCAUUGAUGUAUUUAUUAUAUUUUCUUUUAUUCAAAAUGACGAUGUGUUAAUAAAAGAGUUGUUUUUCAAUCAAAUCCUUCUCUUGUGUGUGUACUCAUGUGGGCCAAUAAACAACAAUAAUUGAUCCCAGUUUA